AUGGACGAGGGCGCAGGGGCCUCUGCAGCAGCACAGCAGUUCCCAGCAGCCCCCCCUCCUUUGCUUCCUCCUUUAGAUGACCCUCUGAUGCUGCAGCAGCAGCAGCAGCAGCAGCAGCAGCAGUUCUCAGCGCCUUCUCCGGAAGCCUCCGUGGCUGCAUGUGAGCCCUCACCCGCAGGCCGCCUGGGGCCCAGCGGCGCCUGCCUGGAUGCUUCGGGCAGCAGCAGCAGCAGCAGCAGCAGCAGCAGCGGCAGCGAGAGCGCGCGCGCGGUUGCUGCUGCUGCUGCAGCAGCAGCUGCUGCUGCAGCAGCAGCCCCCCCUAACCCUAACAGAGCAGAGCCUCCGGCAAAUCUUGGGCUGGAUCUGCCACUGACGCGCAGCAGCAGCAGCAGCAGCAGCAGCAGCAACUGCUGCAGCAGCAACAGCUGUGCUGAGCAGCAACGGGAGCCAGGCCCAGCCACCGGCUGCUCCACAGGACUUCGGGAGACUCCGGUCGCGUCCCCGACUCCAGCAGCAGCUGCUGCUGCUGCUGCAGCAGAAGCAGCAGCAGCAGCAGCAGCAGCAACUCAAGCAGCAGCAACACCCGCGCCCAUCUCCGGCGGCGCCGCUGCAGCGCCUGCAGGCAGCGGCGAGAGCGCACGCAAGGCUGCGGUGUACGUACACCCCAAGUCUUUGGAGUCGUCUGCUGCCGCUGCUGCAGCAGCAGAAGCAGCAGCAGCAGCAGCAGCUGCUGCUGCUGCUGCUGCUUGCGGCGCGUUUGGAGAGACGCGCACCAACAGCAGCAGCACUUUUGCUGCUGCUGAAGAUGAGGCCUCGCAGUCUUUGCCUUCUCCUGACCAGCUGUGGCCGGAAGCAGAUGCUGCUGCAGCAGAAGCAGCAGCAGCAGAUGCUGCUGCUGCAGCAGAAGCAGCAGCAGCAGAUGCUGCUGCUGCAGCAGCAGCAGCAGCAGAAGGCGCUGCCGACGCUGCGCUGAGCGAUAACGCCAUGAUGGGAGCAGCAGGGCAGGAGACUUCUGCUGCUGCUGCUGCUGCUGCAGCAGCAGCAGCAGCAGCAGCAGCAGGCGGCGAGAGGCGGCGCCACCACCACCGCAGCGGGAGGGCUAUGGGCCGAUCCCGCAGCCAUCGCAACCACCGCAGCAGCGCAGCAGCAGCAGCAGCAGCAGCAGCAGCAGCUGCUGCUGCUGCUGCUGGCCUCCCAGGUGUAUGUACAGCUGGAGACAGCCGCCGCAAAGACGGCCGCACUCCGCCUUCUUCGAGAAGAGGCAAAACGAGGAGACGCAGAGACGGGAGGAGGCAGCAGCAGCAGCAGCAGCAGCAGCAGCAGCAGCAGCAGCAGCCGGUCAGGCUGACUUCGGAAGUUCUGAUGCAGCUGGAGGCGCGCACAGCCAGUAGGACCCUGCGCAUUCGUCUGCUGUUGCUGCAGCUGUUGCUGCAGUUGUUGCUGCAGCUGUUGCUGCAGUUGUUGCUGCAGCUGUUGCUGCAGUUGUUGCUGCAGCUGUUGCUGCAGCUGUUGCUGCAGCUGUUGCUGCAGUUGUUGCUGCAGCUGUUGCUGCAGUUGUUGUUGCUUCUGUUGCUGCGUUUGUUGGUGGAGCUGUUGCUGCAGCUGUUGCUGCAGCUGUUGCUGCAGUUGUUGCUGCAACAACUGCAGCGGCUGCUGCAGUUGUUGCUGCAGCGGUCGCUUCAGCUGCAGCGUGUGCUGCAGCAGCUGUCGAUGCUUCAGUUGUUGCUGCAGCAGCAGCAGCAGCUGCUGCUGCUGCAGCAGUUGCUGGUGGGGCUGGUGGAAGAGCUUGUGGGGGAGACAGUGGAAAAGCGGAGACAGAACUCAGGGGUCCCUUUGCGGCAGUCGGCCUUCGAGCGCGCGGAGGGCCUGCGCAGCAGCAGCAGCGCCCCUGCUGCUGCUGCUGCUGCUGCUGCAGCAGCAGCAGCAGGCAGCAGCAGCAGCGAAGAGUCCACCAAGGGCACUGUGGACCACAAGUGCAGGGAAGACAGCGUUCGAAUUAACUUGUGCAACAAUCCUUCGGACUUGUGGUUUGGUUUGCUGACGAAGGAGGGGCUUCCCGUUGCAGUGCACACGCGGCCGCGGCAGCAGCAGCAGCAGCAGCAGCAGCGCAGCAGCAGCAGCAGCAGACGCGCCCCCAGGCUCAAGCGCCCGCCCCUCGUCCCCGACACGGCCGCCGCUGCGGCGGCUGCUGCUGCCAACGCCCUCGCCCUGCAGCAGCAGCAGCAGCAGCACGCUGCAGCAGCAGCAGCAGCGGCCCGCGCGCUGCAGCAGCACCAGCUCGACUUCCAGCUCCACCACCUCCAGCAGCAGCAGCAGCUGCAGCAGCAGCAGCUCCAGCAGCUGCAGCAGCAGCAGCAGCAACCGGCCCUCGCGCCCACCAGGUCCCCGCCAGCUGCCGCCAACGCUCCCGGCGACCUCCAGCUGCAGCAGCAGCAGCUGCUGCAGCAGCAGCAGCAGCAGCAGCAGCAGCAAAAGCACCAUCGCAGGCAGCAGCGGCACCGCAGCCAAAGGAGACACAGCGGCUGGCGCUCCUCCUCGCAGCUGCAGCCGCUGGCCCUCGAUUUAUCUCCCCCAAGCGCCCCGCAGCAGCAGCAGCAGCAGCAGCAGCAGCAGCUGCAGCAGCUGAUGCAGCAGCAGCAGGUGAUGCAGCAGCUCCAGCAGCAGCAACAGCUGCAUCGCCAAAGAGGCGCUGCAGCGCCUGCUGUGGCCCCGUGGCAGCAGCAGCAGCAGCAACAGCAGCAGCAGCAGCAGCAGCAGCUCGUCCCGAGCCAGCUCCAGCCGCAGCAGGGGCAGCAGCAGUUCAUGCCGCCUCUGCAACAGCAGCAGACACACAUCCAGCCGCUGCAGCAGCAGCAGCAGCAGAUGCAGGAGCUCCAGCUGCAGCAACUGCAGCAGCAGCAACUCCAGCACCAGCAACUGCAGCAGCAGCACAAAGACAGGAAAAGACGCCACAAGGACCGCCACAGGGGCCGGUCCUCUUCUAGUGCUGCUGCUGCUGCUGCCUCGGGAGCAGCAGCAGCAUGUCCUCUGCAGCAGCAGCAGCAGCAGCAGCAGGAAAUGUUUGCUUCUGUUUCCAGAGAGGCCAGGCGGCCCGACAGGCGCCGCCGCCACCCCUCAACUGCAGCAGCAGCAGCAGCUGCUGCUGCAGCAGUGACGGGCGGGGAGCAGCAGCAGCAGCAGCAAAUGGGUGCUGCUGCAGUGCAGCAGCAAAGUAGGCAUUUGGGGUUCCCGGCGUACACGCAGACAUCGGAACCCCCAGUUGCUGCUGCUGCCAGCAGCAGCAGCAGCAGCAGCAGCAGCAGCAGCAGCAGCAGCAGGGCCACAAGAUUGCCCGCGGCCAGCAGUGCGCAGCCGCCGGUGCCUCUUGGGGUCCCCCUGAGGGGGCAGGCCAAUCGUUUUGCUGCUGCUGCAGACGAUGCAGCAGCAGCAGCAGCAGCAGCAGCAGCAAGUCACGCUGCGAGUAUGCAUGGCUUGGGGUGGGCGCAACAGCAGCAGCAGCAGCAGGAGCAGCAGCAGGCUGCUGCAGCAGCAGCAGCAGCCGAGGCGGCACAGCAGCUGACGGGCGCGUACAGCGGCAACCAGGGCGUCUCGCGGGGCCUGCGCCAGCAGCAGCAGCAGCAGCAGCAGCAGCUGCAGCAGCAGCUGCAGCAGCAGCAGCUGCAGCAGCAGCUGCAGCAGCAGCAGCUGCAGCAGCAGACGCCGGUGUCGCCGCCCCCGGGGUUCCCUCGCUCCGUUCCCUCUUACGGCGACUUGGAAGCAGAAGGGCAGCUGGCGCUGCAGCAGCAGCAGCAGCUGCUGCAGCAGCUGCAGCAGCAGCAGCAGCGGUGGCUGGCCAACACGGCCGCCCUGGCGCCCACAGCAGGAGGCACUGCAGCAGCAGGCUGCUACUUCGGAAACGCAGCAGCAGCAGCAGCAGCAGCGGCAGCAGCAGCAGCAGCAGCAGCAAGUGUGCAGCUGCCGAAGGCCAAGCUGCUGCUGCAGCGAAAGAUGACUGCUAGGGAGCGCGUCCAGUGGCAGCUAGCCAAAAGCAGGGGCAUGCUUUACGAGCGGCAAGCAGCGGCAGCAGCGGCAGUGGCAGUAGUGGCAGCAGCAGGUGCAGCAGUAGCUACAGCGGUCGCAGCAGCAGCUGCUGCUGCAUCAGCUGCUGCAGCAGCAGCUGCUGCAGCAGCUGCUGCAGCAGCUGCAGCAGCAGCUGCUGCAGCAGGGGUUGGCUCUGUGAGGUGGAUAGACACCUGA